AUGGCAGUUGAACAACAAGAUAAUAUUGGUAGCGAUUUUAAUGACGAUGAAGAUGAUUUCUUUAGACAAAUCAAUGAGAUUCAGAACGAUUACGAACGUGGUAGACCAAGAAACAGAGAGGAAAUCAAAGAGGAGAAAAGAACUAGAAAAAACAAGUGGGAACCUGAAAAGACUCAAUUGGGUCUACCGGGUGUACCUAAAUCCUUACCACCAGGUUUAACAGAUGAUCAAUUAGCAUCUUUAAUAAUUCGUAUUAGAAUUGAUGAAAUCACAAAAAAGUUAACAACAGGACCAAUCGAUAUCGAUACCAAAGACGAUAGAUCAAGAUCACCUACACCAGUAUACGAUAAUACCGGUAAGAGAACAAAUACAAGAGAACAAAGAGCAAAAGAUAAGAUAUCAAAGGAAAGACAUAACUUGAUUACUCAAGCACAACAGAUUAAUCCUCAAUUCAGACCACCAGCAGAUUAUCAACCACCAAAUGAAAAGAAGACAAUGAAGAUUUAUAUUCCUGUGAAGGAUCAUCCAGAGUAUAAUUUCAUUGGAUUGAUUAUUGGACCAAGAGGAAAUACACAGAAGAAGAUGGAAAAGGAGAGCGGUGCCAAGAUUGCAAUUCGUGGAAAGGGUUCGAUGAAAGAUGGAAAGUCGACGAAGCCACAGUACAACGAGAAUGAUGAGCUGCAUGUCCUGUUGACAGGUGACACUCAGGAGCAGUUGGAGAAGGCUGCAGUGCUCGUACGACAGUACUUGGUGCCCGUAGAGGAAGGAAAGAACGAACACAAACGUCAGCAACUCAGAGAGCUGGCAGAGAUGAAUGGAACACUGAGAGAACGUCCCACUUUCUUUGGCGCUGGCGGAAAGAGCUGGCAGCCAGUCGACAUCAAGUGUAUUCACUGUGGUGAAGUUUCGCAUCCUUCAAGCGAUUGUCCGCUCAAGGGUCAGGAUCACAACAUGCAUAUCAUAGAAGCAGAGUAUCUAAAGUUCAUCGAGGAAGUCAAAGAUCUUAUUGAUCUCAAUGAUAGAGUUGUAGAUCCAUAUGAUGAGUUGAAAGCAUCUAUCAAUAACAAUAACAAUGGAAAUGGAAAUGUACAGAAUGAAAAUAAUAAUAAUCAAUAUCAACAUCAACAACAACAACAACAACAACAUUCAUCACCACCAAAUCACCAACAACAAUGGAAUCAAUAUAGUAAUAAUAAUAAUAAUAAUAAUAACAAUAAUCAAUAUCAACAGCAACAACAUCAUUCAUCACCACCCUAUGAACAACAACAGCAACAACAACAACAUUGGAAUCAACAACAGCAACAACAACAAGGUGGAUAUCAACAGCAACAACAUCAUCAUCACCAACAACAAUGGAAUCAACCAAAGCAACAUUUUAACCAAAAUAACAAUUCAUCACCCUAUGGUCCACAAUCAUCCUAUUAUUAA